AUGCAGCCAAAUAGUACCGACCACCGUAGGUCGGUGAUCAUCCUCUACGGCACCGAAACCGGCACAUCUCAAGAUUUUGCUGAAGAAGUCAGCCGGUGCCUCCAGCGACUGAGGUUCGAUACAGAGGUCGUAGGUCUGGACGAUGUUGUAUACGGUGAUCUCCAUUCCUACAUGCUCACGGUCUUCGUUGUCGCCACCACUGGACAGGGUGACUUUCCCGAGAAUGCUCGGAAGUUUUGGACCAGCCUCCUACGCAAGAAGCUUCCGCCCACCACUCUCGCAGGCAUACAAUAUGGUCUAGUUGGCCUUGGAGACAGUUCAUACCCGAAAUUCAACUUCGCGGCUCGGAAACUAGAAAAGCGACUCGGACAGCUUGGGGCAGUCCCGUUGAGUGAGUCUUGCGAGGCGGACGAGCAAGGUGAUGAAGGUACUGAUGGUGCUGUCCUUGCUUGGCUCGAGCAAUUCAGACAAACCGUCCUGACGAGAUUCCCACUGCCUGAAGGCCAAACACCUAUCGCGAACGACGUUCCUCUACCCAGCAAAUGGCGGUUGAAACAGAGCCAUACCAGCACCGACGAUGGAUCACCCGAUUUGUCGGAUGUGCAAAGUCAAGCCCACAAACCCUCGGCUUCCCAGCUUCUCGAAGCGACGCUGAUAAAGAACGAGCGUGUCACGCCACUUGAUCACUUUCAGGACGUGCGAUUCAUGGUUUUAAAGACUCCUCAAACAGUUGAUUACGCACCAGGCGAUGCCAUCGCCAUACUGCCCCAAAACAUGCCCAAAGACGUCACAUUCCUCAUUGAGCGCAUGAAUUGGCAGGAUGUUGCAGACAAUCCAAUCCAUUUCAUCUCAACAAGCGCAUCAUCGACCUCUACUCCUACCCACUUCGCAACGAACCCGAUUUACAGGCGUAGGGGUCUCACUCUCCGAACACUUUUGACCGAGCAUUUGGACAUCAAUGCCAUACCACGACGGUCGUUCUUCGCAGCAAUAGCAAACUACACUAGCGACAGCAUGCACAAGGAACGGCUGGUUGAGUUCACUGAUCCUCAAUAUCUGGACGAAUACUACGACUACGCCACCCGUCCGAGACGAAGCAUCCUCGAGAUCCUCCAAGAAUUCGACUCUGUCCAGCUUCCGUGGGAAGAAGUGACGAACAUCUUCCCAGCCAUGCGCCCACGCCAAUUCAGCAUCGCGAGCGGCGGCAGACUAAAGCACCUGGACGACGGCUCUACCGUAUUCGAGCUGCUGAUCGCGAUCGUCAAGUACAGGACCGUCAUCAAGCGGAUUCGCGAAGGCGUGUGCACGCGGUACCUGGCACAACUACCCGUCGGCACCAAGCUGCCGGUCUCGCUUAAAACAGAAGGUCGCUUCUCAAAGGCAUCAGACAUGGCCGGGACCCGCCACCUCCUCAUUGGCGCCGGGACCGGCAUCGCGCCUCUACGUGCGCUCAUCUACGAAAAAGCCGCACGACGUCCCGUUGCAGGAAAGUCGGCACUGGUGUUUGGCUGCCGCAGUGAGAAGGCAGACUUCUUCUUCCGUGACGAGUGGCCGUCGCUGCUGUCCUCGUCCGAGCACGACGAAACAGGACUGGAAGUCGUCACUGCGUUCUCGAGAGACCAGAAAGGAAAAAUCUACAUCCAAGACAGGAUCCGGGAGCGCAGUAGUCUCGUCUGGGAAUACCUGCGCGAGCGGCAUUCCGCCGUCAUCGUCUGCGGCUCCUCUGGCCAGAUGCCGAAAGCCGUCAGACAGGCGUUGGUCGAUGCGCUUACUGAACAGGCGCAGAAGAGACGCUCUGAAAAGCCGUCGAACGAGCAUACUGAACAUCCAGCCUCAGACGACGAGGUUGAAGAUCCAAUUGAAAGCCACGAGGAUGCAGAGAAGUACCUGGCGAGACUGGAGAGGGGAGGACGAUAUAAACAAGAGACGUGGUCAUGA